AUUUGCAUACAAUCACAGAGAGAGAGUGUGUGUAGCUCCAAUUAGUGAGAGACAGAAAAUAGGACAUACAUGUACAUGUAUCUCCAGUGACUGCUAAUUGUAAAGGAAAGGAAACUGUGAAACUGAAAUCGCGUGGGUGACUAUCAAUCCUACCGAAGACUUACAUAUUGUGAAUGCUGUGAACUAAUCAUUACAAGCCACCAGAGCAGCAUCCUAAGACAUGAGAGAUGGAUACUCAGCGUGAAAAUCGGUUGUGGACACUAACUGCGUUUUGCCUCAUUUUUCUCCUGAUAGAAGGCACUGCAGGCAGUCGUCACCCAAGAGCUAUGAAGAGCAAACGGAACACCACCAAAUUAGAGACAGGCAAAAAGAGUGGUGAGGGUGUUACAAUAGGAAGUGAAGGACAAUCAGUGGCACAAGAGUCUCAAGUCAAAGAAAGGGAUGAAAGCGGGGGUCAAGAAACGUAUGGUAGUCCAACAGAAACUACAACAGAAAUCACUGGCUUGAACUUUAAUGCUACAGGCACGACACAAAUGUCAGACGGUGAAGCAAAGGGGGCUGUGCUCUAUGCAGUAAUUUUCCUCUUAUUUUACACAAGUUCAAUCGGUAUGGUCAUACUCUACAAUGUAAACCAUCAGAAGAAAAUCAGCGAACACGAAGAAAUGAAAAAUGCUCAGAAGGAAUACCACCGGGGUCAAGAACUGAUAGAGGUACAGAAACGAGCCGAGCUGUAUUUUCAUUUCAAAAUGCUGUACGGGCAGGAGUCUGGGAGUGGCACACCUCCUGUAGACGAAAGUGCAAAUGCAACACCAGAGCCAAAAAAGAAGAAAUUCUUCAAAAAUUCAUUCAGUCUGAGGGAAAUUCCAAAAUUUAACAAAGCAGCAUCUUCGCCAACUAAACAGAAAUUUUUGCCUUUCCAACGAAAUUUGCCUAUUUUGCCUGAAUUUGACAGGCUGAAGAUAAAAAGACCAAAACGAUUCACUUUAAGACGAAUGACGAAACGUGGGCUGAGUUUCCCACCCAAUUCAGAAGAGAAGGGGAACAACGAAAACCGUCUGCCACAGCGCCAGCUGAGCCUUCGAGCGUCACCACCAUCGGAUGAGAGUGGAAGCGAAGAGGAGCUCGCCACACAGACCUGGCAUCCAGGCUCAAUGACUCAUAAAAACCAGCAAAUGUUGGAAGAUGUCCGUCGGAUAUCAAAAGCUGGAUCCCGUGGAUCACUAAACGAUGAGGUAUCGCGAGUCUAUGUCCUUAAGAAAAAUCUUCAAAAGGACCGUGAAACAGCAACCCCAGAGGAGAUGGAGCAAAUGAUUUCCAGUGUUUGACAUUCACACUCAGGACUAGGAAGGACUUCAAUGGUGGCAGUGAAGUGGCAGGGCACAGUGCUGAUUAUGCUGGCCUGUUAAGCUGCAUAUCCAUAGGCUGUUCCCUUGUUUGUUAACUAUGGACAAGCAGCUUCAGACGUGCCUAGUAGUGGAUAUUUGUGAUAUCUGGUCUACAGCACAACUUCCACCUAUAAGACGCCAGUAACACAAUCUGCAAGUCGAUGAUGUGCUAUUCAAUCAUUUUUUGCUUCUCUUCAUAAAGUAGAUAAGAAUUUCAUACAAAAUUCAGAAUCAAACUGAGCCCUUUUGACUUAAACAAAUGUAUAAAAUGCUACCAAUCAUACCCAUGUGUGUUUACGUCUGGUGCUACUUCCAGGAAAAUUAAACUAUUCAUAAUCAUAAUUUAUGUGUAUAUAAAAUCAUUCUUGGCAACUUUUCUAUUAACCAAAAACUGCUUCAAAUAAAUGAACACCAGACAUUAACAGAAUUCACUCGUUUCUUAAGCGUCACCGCAUCUUGAGAAUACAGUGCCAUGAUAAAGUAUUUUACUGUAUUGACUUGCUGCAAGUAUAAGGGACAUGUAAACCUUGCAUAUAUCUAAGACAACACCAACAGACUUUGAACUUGGAGGACUUGCCUGUUAUGCAAGGAUCCAGUUUAUGUGAUAUAUGCAAAGUUUACUAAUACUGUAGUCACAUAGUUCAUGUGUUAUCAAAGGGAAGAUUUUAUUUACCGUAUU